AAACAAACAAAACAAAAACAGUUCAAAAGAGUUAAAAGACACGUAUUGAUUGAAUAGAAUACCUAAGCUCUACACAUACUAAAACUACUUGACAUCUUUGAUUGAGUUAUCUAAAUCAAGUCAUAUUAGAUAAAGUACAGAAUCAAAGGUUUCUAGUGAGCAACUGUAUUUAAAUACAUUUUGCCAUUUACAGAAAUAAUUCCCAAAACAAGGGAAAACAUAUAUUUCUUUCUUUCUUCUUCAUUGCAAUCCUAAUGACUCAAAAGUUUAAUCCUACUAUUCCACAAGAAGCCCUUGACUUUGUCGAGUUUGUCAAUAACUCUCCUUCUCCUUUUCAUGCUACUUUUGAAUCUGCAAAGAUGUUAAAGGCUGCUGGAUUUCUAGAGAUUAAGGAACGCGACAGUUGGAAUGACGGCUUGAUUAAGCGUCAAGGUAAAUACUUUUUUACCCGUAAUGGCUCUGCUAUUGUCGCUUUUGAAGUGGGUGGAAAGUAUCAUCCUGGCCAUGGUUUCUCCAUUGUUGGCGCCCAUACAGACUCACCUUGUCUCAAGGUCAAACCUAUUUCGAAAAAGGAAAAGUCAGGCUACCUUGAAGUGGGUGUUCAACUCUAUGGUGGUGGUAUUUGGCAUACUUGGUUUGAUAGAGAUUUGAGUGUUGCUGGCCGUGUGCUUGUUGAACAUGAAAAUGGUACUUUUCAUCAUACUUUAGUCAAGGUUGAUAGACCCAUUUUACGUAUUCCAACACUGGCUAUUCAUUUGGACCGUACUACAAAUGACAGUUUUGCCUUCAAUAAGGAAACACAAUUAGCUCCUAUUCUUGCUACUACCGCAAAAGCUCAAUUAUCAGGUAUUCAAGCCAUGGAAGGUGUUGAAGCACAAGCUCAUCAUCAUCCUUUAUUGAUUCAAAUCUUGGCUGAUGAAAUGGGUAUUCAACCCAAUCAAAUUCGUGAUUUCGAACUCGCUGUAUACGAUACUCAGAAAUCCACGAUUGGUGGUGCAUGCAAUGAAUUCAUUUUCUCACCUCGUCUUGAUAACCUUGGCAUGUCUUAUUGUGCUAUCAAGGCUUUGUGUGAAGCCAAGGAUCUUGAGAAUGACACCAACAUUCGUGUGGCUGCACUUUUUGAUAAUGAAGAAGUUGGAUCCUUGACAGCUCAUGGUGCUGACUCUAACUUGUUGCCUGCUACCUUGUUGCGUUUGGCCAAUACACAUGUGGUAGAUGCUGCUCAUGUCUCUGCCACUGCUUUUGAAGAAGCGAUUCAUAAGAGUAUCUUGGUCAGUGCUGACAUGGCUCAUGCUGUGAAUCCCAAUUAUUCUGAAAAGCAUGAAGAAAACCAUCGUCCUGAAAUGCAUAAGGGUACUGUUAUCAAGAUCAAUGCUAAUCAACGUUAUGCUACUACUGCUGUCACUAGCUUGGUUUUGAAAGAAUUAGCUAAAAAGCAUCAAAUUCCAAUUCAGGAAUUUGUCGUACGCAAUGAUUCACCUUGUGGCUCAACUAUUGGUCCUAUGUUAAGUGCAAAACUUGGUCUUCGUACUGUUGAUAUUGGUAAUCCUCAAUUGAGUAUGCAUUCUAUUCGUGAAACUGGUGGUACUGAUGAUGUGAAGCAUGGUAUUGACCUUUUGAAGGUAUUUUAUGAGGAAUUUGCUGCAUUAGAACAAAAGUUCAUUGUUGAUUAAAAAUAUAUAUAUAUAUAUAUAUAU